AUGAAAAUGAGAGUUUUUACGAAAUUAUUAGGAAUUAUCCUUCCGACUUUAAUAUUUGGUGGACGAAUUGUAAAUUUUGAAGGUUCUCAACCGAUAAGACAUACUCAUUUAUCAUAUAAUAACAAUAGAAUACCUGUUGAAAAUUUUAAUGGAGUUGUUAUAAAAGCACAUUCAUUAAGUAAUUCAGGUGAAAUUAGAAAAUCACCAGUAAAAACUUAUGUUGAAAAUAAUUAUAAUAAUCAAAAUGAAUUUAAACAACCAGUAUUAACUGGUGUUGUUGGACAAGCACCUCACUCAAUAUUUACAGGUGUUAUUGGAAAAGUUUCUCCAACAAAUAAUUUAUUACAAAAUCCUUUAAAUUCUUUAUUUACAAAUGGACAUAAUUUAUUAGGAACACCAAAUAAUGCUCCUCUUGUUCAUCCAUUAUUACCACAACCAAUAUUACGAGCUGAUCAAGUACCUAAUAAUCAACCCCCACCUGGUUAUGUAUAUAUUCCAGGACCAUUAAGACAAAAUUCAUUCCAUUCAAUGCCGCAAACAUUAAUGGGAUCUCAAACAAUGUUCUCUUUACCAAUACAAUUUCAACAACCAUCAUUACCAGGAAAUUUACAACAAUCAUCAUUACCAACACCAGGACAAUUAGUUACAAUUUCACCAAAUAUUUUAACAAAUAAUAAUCAUUUUACACCAAUACCUGGUCUUCCAACAUUCCCUUCAUUUACAAUGCCACCAGCAUUUGAUAAAUUAGUUCCUGAAGCAAGAGAGGCAAAAGAAAAAGCUGAACGUAAAUAUUCACCAAGAAAAAAUUAUUAUUCAAAUAUGGAUAUUGAAUCAUUAGAAAGUCGACUUCCUAAAUAUAAAGAAAGAAGUAGUAAUAAGUACAGAUUAGAAAAUUCUAAUGAUAAAUCUCAGGUAUGGAUGGUACCAUAUUAUAAUAGAAAAUAG